UUCCUGAGCCGGGGCCGCAGUGCCACUGACUUGCCAGCCGUUAGUCCUGUUGCCUGUAAAUAUAAUGGAAGGCGGAGUUUCAGGAUUCUUAUGGCGUCAUCCUCUUCCCCUUCUCCUAUGCCUUGUGGGGAGGGGGAGGGCCCAGAGGAGGAAGCGGGCAAAACUGGAGAUGAUAUGGAGAGGGCACUGGGAAUGGAUGGUAGCAUUCCUAGUAGUUCUGAGGAAUUCUUGCGAAGGGUCUCUUCCCGAGCAUACGACAUGCGCCGCCACCUCUUGCAGACGAUUGGUUCGAGCAGCUACGAAGUAUUGGACCACAAUCCUUGGAGAGAAGACUCUAAGCCCGUUUUUGUGCUGACUCAAGGGAACAAUCAACUGUGCACAAUGAAAACACGUCAGAGUCGCAGUGAAGUUGAAAGGGAACUUGGGCUGCUGUUUACUACAAGGACAAAAUGUGAUAAAAAAGUUGAUAUAACCAAGCAUGUAAAAUCUGGCACCAAGUUUAAUAUGCUUGUUGAAGAUAUUCGGGAGGGAGUGCUUGUAUUUGAAGACGAGAGUGAGGCGAGCAAAUAUUGUGAGCUACUGCAAGGAGUCCCUAAGUGUGAGGGUAUCGCCGAACUUGAAGUUUCAUCGGUAUUUGAUAUCUGCCAGAAAAUGAAGGCUCUGGCUGUUUUGUUUCGUCGUGGAAGGACCCCACCGCUCCCUAAAAGCCUUGAGCAAAAUUUAAGGGCUCGGAAUCGGUCCCUUGAAGACCAGGACAUCAUCUGAAGCAGCCAACUGUGUUUACAUUCACAAGGAAAGAGAUUUGCGUGAACUAAUCAUCACCUUGGUGAUGGGUGGUGGUUUAGUUUGGUCAAAAACAGAGGUAAAAUGUAAGGGAAUUUCACCUAUUUACUUUUAAAUAAAAUUAAUGUAGUAAAGUUAAUAUUAAUCAUAUUGGAACAAAAUGUGAACAGUUAAAUGUAUAAUAUUUAGUAU